AAACACAUAUGUUUGAAUCAAAUAACAUACGAGGAAAAGAUCUAAGCAGGUUCUUAUGGGCUUUGAGUUAUCUGGGUUGGACUAUGAAUCCAAAAACUCUUGAAAAUUUGGAGAAUAUUAUACUAAAUAAAUUUAAUUCUGGAGAUUAUAAAAAUAAUAUAGAUGAACUGUUCAAUAACGCACUUUCAUUCUGUAUUUUGAAUUAUAUUCCAAGGAGAUUAUUGCGAAUUAUUUUAGAAAGCAAAUUUAUUAAAACAAAAUCCAAUACAAGUCGAUCAGAGGAAAGGAAACAUUUAUUAUUCUCUAUAUUGAAAAUUGAAAAUGAAGAAAUUUUUGAAGAACUACUAGAAUUACAAGCUUACUGGAGUAGCUUCGAAAAUAAACAUACUGAACCACUAACCACUGGUCGACAAAAUUUACAGAAAGUUUUAAAUACUGCUUUGAAUGUUGAUGUUGGCCUUUCGGAUGUAGUUCUGGAUUGCCAAAUAAAGUUUUUGAACACUCCAGGUAUAUCUGCAAUUGCAAAUAAUGGCCGAAAAAUUCACAUUGAAGUUUUAGAUGAUGCUGUAUGUCUUAAAAAUACAAAUUCAGAACCCAAUGGCAUAAUGAAGCUUAAAUUAAGAUUAUUACAAAAAAUUUCUAAUAAUUCUGUUAUAGUGAUAAAGCAGUCAGAUAUUGAAAAUGAAGAUACAGAAUUCAUACAACAAUAUUUGAUUAAAGAAAUAUCCAAAGUUAUAUGAAUGUAAUUACAAAA